CGUGUUUAAAGUCCACCUUUGCGAACACAGCCCGGGCGCCCCAGAUAACCGCCGUCCCAGCGCGGCCCCACGUCUGGCCGGGUGGGCUGCGACCCCGAGCUCCCCGGGGUCCCCAGCGGGCCGCAGGAUGAGGCUGGCCGCGGGCUGCCUGCUUCUGUGGCUCAGCCUGGGCGGCGGCCUGGAUCCACGCAGCCCCGGCCCCCAGGAGGACGAGUCCUACUCGGACUGGGGCCUGCGGUACCUCCGCGGCAGCUUCGAGUCUGUCAGCGGCUACUUCGAUUCCUUUCUGGAGCUGCUGGGAGGGAAGAACGGGAUCUGUCAGUACAGGUGUCGGUACGGAAAGACACCAGUGCCCAGACCCGGCUACAAGCCUCAGGAGCCCAACGGCUGCAGCUCCCAUUUCCUGGGUCUCAAGGUACCAGCAAGUAUGGACCUGGGCAUCCCAGCAAUGACCAAGUGCUGCAACCAGCUGGACGUCUGCUACGACACCUGCGGUGCCAACAAGUAUCGCUGUGACGCCAAGUUCCGCUGGUGCCUCCACUCCAUCUGCUCGGACCUCAAGCGCAGUCUGGGCUUUGUGUCCAAGGUGGAAGCAGCCUGUGACUCUCUGGCUGACACUGUGUUCAACACCGUGUGGACCCUGGGCUGCCGGCCCUUCAUGAACAGUCAGCGGGCCGCGUGCAUCUGCGCGGAGGAGGAGAAGGAAGAACUGUGAGGCAUGGCGAGGCGGCGGCCAGGCUGCCCUGUGUGUCUCCUCCCGUCUCCCAGCCAGCGGACACCACAGAGCCAAAGGAAGUGUCGUGCGAACCGUCCUCAACUUGAGGAAAAUCGACAAACAGACGUGGAGUAACUUGAAGGCGACUCUUGACCUUCAUGCUGGCCCGAGAAGACACACUGCCCUGCAACGUGAGCUCUGGACUGAGAGGCGACAUCACAAGCCAGCCCUGCCCCUGCUGCACCUGCUAACUGCGACGUUCAUAGGCGGAAUUUCGGGGAGCCCGGCCGUACGGGAGGCAGUGACUUUCCUCUGGCCCUUGUUUCGGUUGCCAGUAAGCAUCUCACAUUUAAUAAAGUGUACUUUCUAGAA